UGUUUUCCUUCGCGUACGACAGCAUGGUUUGCGGAUUGCGUGGUGCAAAAGUUCUGAAAUAAAAAAAACUGAAUCGCAUUUAAAUUGAAAGUUCUAUCGAACAAAAGUGGUAAAUUAUCGCUGUAGUGUAUUUACUUUCAUUUGUGGCGAAGAAAAGGCUAGCGGUACAGAAAAAAUAAGUUUCCAUUUGUAAGCUGUUCCGAUAAGUAGUUCUUCAUAUUUUGUUUUUGGUGCUAUCCGGAAAAAGUGAAAUUCAAAACGUUUGUAACAUUUCAAAGAUUCGUGCGCGUCAAAACAAGUGCUUUUCGAGACCGUGUUUCCACGGGGGGGUUCAACCGAGCAGAGAAGAAAAAGUUGAUCCCGACAGUGACGUGACCAUGUCAUCGGUGCAAAUCGUGCUCGAUUCAUCGGACAUUGCAAAAUACCAGACCUAUCAAACAGUGUACUAUAUUGUGGCCGACAGUGGUGAAACCGGGCCGACUGCGGUGACGAUCGACGAUUGCCCAGCGGAAGUGUACCAAGUGCAAACCGUGAUCCCCGAGAUAAGUCCGGCCGAUUGUGGUGAUAGUGCUAUCGGAAUCAGAAAACGCAGGAAAAUUGAAGUGGUGCAGAAAAUGCAGGGUCAAAUUCCCGGCGCUCAGGCGGCGGCUCAGCCCUCGCCAGUGCCGCAGCAGAUCCAGGUCCAACAACAGCAACAGCAGCAACCCCAGACGGUGGUUAUUCAACAGCAGGCCCCGCAGCAGGCCAUUCAGGUCCAGGUCCAGCAGCAGCAGGUCGUCCAGAACAGUGUCAAAAUCGAUCAGAACCAACAGUUGUCGUCAGUCGGCCUACUGGAAUUGGCACAUCGCGAGUACCAAGCGGUGGACUACGAAAAUGCCGAACGCCACUGCAUGCAACUGUGGCGUCAGGAGAGCAACAAUACAGGCGUCCUGCUGCUCCUCUCGUCGAUCCACUUCCAGUGUCGGCGGUUGGAAAAGUCAGCCCAGUUCUCGACACUGGCCAUCAAACAGAACCCGCUGCUGGCCGAAGCAUACAGCAAUCUGGGAAACGUGUACAAAGAGCGUGGACAGCUGCAAGAAGCCCUAGAAAACUACCGCCAUGCCGUUCGGUUGAAGCCGGAUUUCAUCGACGGCUACAUCAACCUGGCGGCCGCGUUAGUAGCAGCUCGCGACAUGGAACAGGCGGUCCAAGCGUACGUCACCGCGCUCCAGUACAAUCCGGACCUUUACUGCGUGCGGAGUGAUUUGGGUAACCUGUUGAAGGCUUUGGGCAGGUUAGACGAGGCCAAGGCAUGCUACCUGAAGGCGAUCGAAACCAGGCCGGACUUCGCGGUGGCCUGGAGCAACCUGGGCUGCGUGUUCAACGCCCAGGGCGAGAUAUGGCUGGCGAUCCACCACUUCGAGAAGGCGGUCGCCCUGGAUCCGAACUUUUUGGACGCCUACAUCAACCUGGGCAAUGUGCUGAAGGAGGCGCGGAUCUUCGAUCGAGCGGUUGCAGCUUAUCUACGGGCCCUAAACCUUUCCCCUUACAAUGCGGUCGUGCACGGAAACCUGGCCUGCGUUUACUAUGAGCAGGGCCUUAUCGACUUGGCCAUCGACACAUACCGGCGAGCGAUCGAGCUGCAGCCGAACUUCCCAGACGCAUACUGCAACUUGGCUAAUGCACUCAAAGAAAAAGGUCAAGUUCAAGAGGCGGAAGAUUGCUACAAUACCGCACUGCGGCUCUGUCCGAAUCAUGCCGAUUCGCUCAACAAUCUGGCCAACAUCAAACGCGAACAGGGCUACAUCGAGGAAGCGACCCGACUCUAUCUGAAGGCACUGGAGGUCUUCCCCGAAUUCGCUGCGGCUCAUUCUAACCUGGCGUCGGUAUUGCAGCAGCAGGGCAAACUGAAUGAAGCCCUCCUACACUACAAGGAAGCGAUUCGCAUUCAGCCGACCUUCGCAGAUGCGUAUUCCAAUAUGGGAAACACGCUGAAGGAGAUGCAGGAUGUAGCUGGAGCGCUCCAAUGCUACACCCGAGCAAUUCAAAUCAAUCCAGCAUUUGCCGAUGCGCACAGUAAUUUGGCCAGCAUCCACAAAGAUUCCGGAAACAUCCCGGACGCCAUCCAGUCGUACCGAACGGCGCUGAAACUGAAGCCAGAUUUCCCCGAUGCGUACUGCAAUCUGGCGCACUGUCUCCAGAUUGUAUGCGACUGGACAGAUUAUGAGGCACGCAUGAAGAAACUGGUCGCAAUCGUCGCUGAUCAACUGGACAAGAACCGACUACCAUCGGUUCACCCACAUCACUCGAUGCUGUAUCCUCUGUCGCAUGAUUUCCGCAAAGCCAUCGCUGCUCGCCAUGCGAACCUAUGCUUGGAAAAAAUUCACAUCCUGCACAAGCCGCCAUACAAAUUCCUCCGCGAAAUGAGCGGACGGCUACGAAUCGGUUAUGUGAGCAGUGACUUUGGAAACCAUCCAACGUCCCAUCUGAUGCAAUCGAUUCCCGGCAUGCAUGACCGGUCACGGGUGGAAGUUUUCUGUUACGCUCUUAGUCCCGAUGAUGGUACCACGUUCCGAAGCAAAAUUUCCCGCGAAGCCGAACAUUUUAUUGAACUGUCCCAGAUUCCCUGCAACGGCAAAGCCGCUGACAGGAUCCAUGCUGACGGAAUACACAUUCUUGUCAACAUGAACGGUUAUACCAAAGGAGCGCGCAACGAAAUUUUCGCUCUGCGACCCGCACCUAUCCAGGUGAUGUGGCUGGGCUAUCCGGGAACAAGCGGAGCCAGCUUCAUGGACUACAUCAUAACCGAUACCGUGACGUCGCCUAUGGAACUGGCCGAUCAGUAUAGCGAAAAAUUGGCUUACAUGCCACACACUUACUUUAUCGGUGACCACCGGCAAAUGUUCCCUCAUCUGAAGGAACGACUUAUCAUGAGCAACAAGCAGCAAAGCAACCAACUGGUGGACAAUGUCGCAGUCAUCAAUGCGACCGAUCUGUCGCCUCUGGUGGAAAACACCGAUGUAAAAACAGUACGCGAAGUAGUGCUCGCACACAAGCCCGUUGAGAUUCAGCACAAAGUCGUAGAACUUCCAACCACCACACCGGUAGAGACGAUGAUCGCUUCCGGGCAGAUUCAGACCUCGCUGAAUGGGGUCGUGGUGCAGAACGGACUGGCCACUACUCAAACCAACAACAAGGCAGCAACCGGCGAAGAGGUCCCCCAGAACAUCGUCGUGACAACCCGGCAGCAGUACGGUCUGCCGGACGAUGCCGUUGUCUACUGCAACUUUAACCAGCUGUACAAAAUCGACCCGCACACAUUGGCCUCGUGGGUGCAUAUACUGAAGCACGUGCCCAACUCGGUCCUAUGGUUGCUCCGCUUCCCAGCGGUCGGUGAAACCAACAUCCAAGCGGCAGCGCAGCAGCUGGGCUUGUCGCCCGGAAGGAUUAUUUUCUCCAACGUUGCCGCCAAGGAGGAGCACGUCCGGCGGGGUCAGCUGGCUGAUGUCUGCCUGGAUACACCGCUGUGCAAUGGGCACACCACUUCGAUGGACGUCCUGUGGACCGGAACGCCCGUGGUCACACUUCCGGCGGAAACGUUGGCUUCAAGGGUUGCAGCAUCGCAGCUGGCAACACUCGGCUGUCCGGAGUUGAUUGCCCGGAGUCGCCAGGAAUAUCAGGACAUUGCCGUCAAGCUGGGCACCGAUAAGGAAUACCUGAAGGCGAUCCGGGCCAAGGUGUGGGUGGCCCGCAGCGACAGCCCACUGUUCGACUGCAAACAGUACGCGCAAGGCAUGGAGGCUGUGUUCUACAGGAUGUGGGAGCGGUUCGCGCGGGGUGAGAAACCCGACCACAUAUCGGCCAAAGAGAGCUCCAAGUAAGGAGGUAGUGGGGAGGGCUGAUGCUAUUUUAUAGGAGCAAACUGCUGUUUAUACUUAGGUCCACUUUUUAAUGUUCACAUUUUUUCAGUUGAAUGAAAUUUUUUAUUAGAUGCAGCGAUUGCUGUCAGAUUGAGUGGAACUAUGGAAGGGAUAAAAGUCCCUGUAAUUUGUGAAAACUUGACACUUGUUUGUAUCUAUAGAAAGCUUACAUCUUAUUUAAAUCGUAGUUGAUAAUAAAGUUAAGGAAUUGUAUGAAACUUACUGUAUCUUUGGCUAUAGAAGAUAGAGUUUGUUUGAUUAUUGUUAGUUUCAGCUGUGGAUAACUAAUACAGUGAAAUGGGCACAGAAUUAUUAAAAGUUGUUUUCCGCUAUUUUAAAUUACCUGAGGAAAUUUUCCAACACAGGAUUUAGCUUAAACGAUAAACUAUCAAUAUAUUUCUAUGAAUUAAUAAACAACUUGUAACAAUAAUUAGAAACACAAAUCGUUUUCGAUAACACAAUAAAAAGAUUGUUAAUGACAAGAAACUGUAAUAAAACAUAUUAAUAAAAAUGCAUUGCCCUUAGUCGAAUAUUGAAAAAUGUUGCAAUGCUUGCGUUCCUCGUACUGUACAUAGCACCAUCUUUAGAUUCUAGAGAGCGCAAAAUCGGAGCUGCGGCAUGGAAAGAGCCUAAAUCUAGAAAGAAGUAUAAUUUGAGUCAUUAGCAUAUCUUGAAAUUUGCUCUAGAAAACUUUGCAAGAGUGGGACCUUAUUGAUCCUCCUUUACUCAGCGGGUUAGCAAGCUAAACGUUGCAAAAACCCAAGUGCGUGAUUAAAACAGAACACAAGUUUGUCAAAUAAAACCGCUACAUAAAUAAUAAUAAUAAUUUGACAUGAAUGAUGAUAGUGACGAAUGAAAUAUGAAUGAGCCGAACACCGAUUCAGAAGCAUUACACAAGUUCACCCACACAACGGUGGAAUAUAACAGAAGACGAAGGAAGGCAUCGGUGGAAACUACUUUGUAAAUAGAAUUGUAAACCCCUCCCAAAAACACCAGCAAAGAAAAGUGUUUCAUACCCGCAAAUAACAAUUAUUUUCUGUGUAGAACAACAAGGACACAACUGUAUAAGUAAGUGAUUAGUGAGAAAUAAAUUCAUGUUACUUGA